AUGAAUAUCACUGUGUCUCUUGCUGUGAACAGGUGCCAGGACGAGUGUCCGGUUGGUACUUAUGGUGCUGGCUGUGCAAAGACUUGUCGCUGUAAGAACAACAGUAAGUGCUACCACACCAACGGAAUGUGUCUGUGUGAGCCAGGAUACACAGGGGAGACAUGUGACAUCCGACUGUGUCCUGAAGGCAACUACGGCCUACGAUGUGACAGGAAGUGUCCGUGCUAUGCCCAGAACACACGCAGCUGCCACCCUAUGUCAGGAGAGUGUACAUGUCAGCCUGGUUGGUCAGGCCUCUACUGCAAUGAGACAUGCACCCCUGGAUUUUACGGCGAGUCCUGCCAGCAGGUGUGCCGGUGCCAGAACGGUGCCGACUGCCACAGUGUGAGCGGAGAGUGUAUCUGUGCCCCAGGCUUCACGGGUCCCAACUGUUCCGUCCCCUGCCUAGCAGGAACACACGGAGCCAACUGCUCCUCCAGCUGCAGCUGUAAGAACAAAGCUCAGUGCUCACCUGUGGAUGGAUCCUGUUCCUGUAAACCAGGGUGGCACGGGGUAGACUGCUCCAUCAACUGUCCCAGUGGUACCUGGGGUCUGGGAUGUAACCUCACCUGUAUGUGUGGUAAUGGAGGAGCGUGUAACGCGUUGGAUGGUCAGUGUACCUGUGCUCCAGGCUGGAAAGGAGACAGGUGUGAACUCCACUGCCAGGAUGGUACGUAUGGUCUGGACUGUAAAGAGCGCUGUGACUGCAGUCACGCUGAUGGGUGUCACCAUUCUACUGGUCACUGCCGCUGUCUGGCUGGAUGGACUGGUAUCCACUGUGACAGUGUGUGUGCAGAGGGCCGCUGGGGCCCGAACUGCUCCCUCCCCUGCAACUGUAAGAACGGAGCGUCCUGCUCUCCAGACGAAGGUUCCUGUGAGUGUGCUCCAGGAUACAGAGGCACCACCUGCCAGAGGA